AUGUCUGCUCAAAUACCAGCUCUGGUCGCCGACCGCGUUAGCGACAAGGCUAAGAAGACCUUGGACAUUGUGGCCAAGUUUGUUGAGGAGGAGUGCAUUCCAGCCGACCCUGUGCUCGAAGCGCAGAUUGGAGAAGGGUCGCAGCGAUGGGACCACCACCCGGCCAUCGUUGACGAGCUGAAGGAAAAGGCCAAGAAGCUCGGCCUGUGGAACAUGUUCCUCCCCAAGGGACACUACAAGGAGUCCCCCGGGUACACCAACCUCGAGUACGGUCUGAUGGCAGAGUGGCUCGGCAAGUCGAGGGUCGCCUCGGAAGCCACCAACUGUGCCGCCCCUGACACGGGCAACAUGGAGGUUUUGGCCAAGUAUGGCAAUGACGCACAGAAGGCCCAGUGGCUGAAGCCCCUGAUGAACGGCGAGAUCAGGUCCGCCUUCCUCAUGACUGAGCCCGACAUUGCUUCCUCGGAUGCCACCAACAUUUCCCUGAACAUCCGCAAGGAGGGCAAUGAAUAUGUGCUCAAUGGCUCGAAAUGGUGGUCAAGUGGAGCUGGUGACCCCAGAUGCAAGAUCUACAUUGUUAUGGGCAAGUCGGACGCCAGCAACAAGGACGUUUACAAGCAACAGUCUGUUGUGCUCGUGCCCUCCAACACGCCCGGUAUCACCAUUCACCGCAUGCUGUCAGUGUACGGCUACGAUGAUGCCCCGCAUGGUCAUGGUCACAUCACUUUCAAGAAUGUCCGAGUACCUGUCAGUAACAUGGUAUUGGGCGAAGGGCGCGGUUUCGAGAUCAUCCAGGGCCGUCUUGGACCGGGACGUAUUCACCACGCCAUGCGAAGUAUCGGCGCCGCUGAGCGUGCUCUUGAGUGGAUGUUGAUGCGCAUCAACGACCCCAAGAAGACGCCUUUCAACAAGCAAUUGAAGGAACACGGUGUCAUUCUGGAGUGGGUUGCAAAGUCCAGGAUCGAGAUCGACGCCGCACGGCUGAUCGUGCUGAAUGCCGCCGUGAAGAUGGACGACCUCGGCCCCAAGGCGACGCUCAAGGAGAUCGCAGAGGCGAAGGUGCUGGUGCCGCAGACCGCACUGACCGUCAUCGACAGAGCCGUCCAGGCCUUUGGCGGUGCUGGCGUCAGUCAAGACACCCCGCUGGCAAACAUGUGGGCACAGAUUAGGACGUUGCGCCUGGCAGACGGGCCGGAUGAGGUGCACCUCGCGCAGAUGGGCCGCAACGAGAACAAGCGAGGCAAGGAGGUGACACAGAAGAUCCUGGGCCAGAAGCAGAAGACGGAGCAGCUGCUUCAAAAGUACAGCCUGCAGAGGUACGAGCCAGGUUCGCACAUCAAGAACAAGUCUCGUUUGUAG